AUGCUCCGCUCCUGUGGUGCAUUCUCCCGAGAGGAGGCUGACGACCUUAUGAACUUCGGCUGCCUGAACGGCCUUUUCGUCCUGGGCCGCUCCAUGGGCUUCAUCGGCCAUCACCUCGAUCAACUCAGGUCGGAGGGGGAGGACGAGGACGAGAUCCUGGGGCGAUACGGGUGUGGAGAGGGUCUCAGGUCGGGCGAACACACCAAGAAGUACCGGGGAGACCAGGAAUUUGCACUGCAGUCUUGGAGACAUGAAGGAUACGCCAGACGGAUGUUUUGA